UUGGAGCUGCAGUGGUUUAAAAGUGCGAGGAACCUCGAAAGGGCUGCUGCUCCUAACCCUCUUUCUUCCGAGGUUGAGAUUUCGGGUCCAAGAUGAACAAAGUCUGUGCUAUUUUUGGAGGCUCCCGGGGCAUUGGCAGGUCGGUGGCCCAGUUACUGGCCCAAAAAGGCUACCGACUGGCGAUUAUCGCCAGGAAUCUGGAAGUGGCCAAAGCUGCCGCCGGGGAUCUCGGCGGUGAUCAUUUGGCAUUUAGGUGUGAUGUUGCCAAAGAACACGAUGUUCAAAAUACAUUUGAAGAAAUGGAGAAGAAUUUAGGUCGAGUUAAUUUCUUGGUAAAUGCAGCUGGUAUUAACAGGGAUAGCCUUCUGGUAAGAACUAAAACUGAAGAUAUGAUAUCUCAGCUUCAUACUAACCUCCUGGGUUCCAUGCUGACGUGUAAAGCUGCUCUAAGGACUAUGAUUCAGCAACAGGGAGGGUCUAUUGUUAAUGUAGGAAGUAUUACUGGUUUAAAAGGCAACUCUGGCCAGACUGUGUACUGUGCCAGUAAAGGAGGAUUAGUUGGAUUUUCCCGUGCUCUUGCUAAAGAGGUAGCAAGAAAGAAAAUUAGAGUGAAUGUAGUUGCACCAGGAUUUAUUCACACAGAUAUGACAAAAGACUUGAAUGAAGAACAUUUAAAGAAAAAUAUUCCUCUUCAGAGGUUUGGAGAACCUGUUGAAGUGGCACAUGCAGUUGUAUUUCUUUUAGAAUCAUCAUAUAUUACAGGGCAUGUUCUGGUAGUGGAUGGGGGAUUACAACUUGUAAUGUAAUUUACAGAUUAUUCAAUAAUAAUAGAAUCAAGGGCAUACUUUAACAAUCAUACCUAUAUGGGUAUGAUUUGCUAAUCAAACCUAUUGACGCUACAAAUGUUGAUUUCCAUCUUUAUAUAAAUAU